GGACUGGGCGGGGCCGGCGGCAGCGCUUUAAAUGGAGGCGCGGGCGGGCACAGACUGCGCGCCCAGGCUGCGAGGAGGUCCCGCGCCAUGGAGGUCGCCCGCGACUACGCCGGAGUCCUCUUCAGGCCCCUGACGUUCGUGGGAUCACAGACAAAGAAGGUACUCCUCACGCCCCUCAUGCAUUCAGCCCGGCCCUUCCGGGUCUCCAACCACGACCGCAGCAGCCGGCGCGGGGUGAUGGCCAGCAGCCUGAAGGAGCUCAUCAGCAAGACCCUGGAAGCCCUGGUCAUCACCACUGGCCUGGUGACCCUCGUGCUGGAGGAAGAUGGCACCGUGGUGGACACGGAGGAGUUCUUCCAGACCCUCGGGGACAACACGCACUUCAUGAUCUUGGAGAAGGGACAGAAGUGGACGCCGGGCAAGUACCUUCCAGCUUGCCAGCAGCCCAAGAAAUCGGGAAUAGCCCGGGUCACCUUCGACUUGUACAAGCUCAGCCCCAAGGACUUCAUCGGCUGCCUCAACGUGAAGGCCACCAUGUAUGAGAUGUACUCUGUGUCCUAUGACAUCCGCUGCACGGGGUUGAAGGCCGUGCUGAGGAGCCUGCUGCGGUUCCUGUCCUACACCACCCAGGUGACCGGCCAGUUCCUCAUCUACAUGGGCUCCUACAUGCUCCGCCUGCUGGGUGAGACGGAAGAGCCGCUGGCUCGGAAGGCCCACUCCAGGGGCCGCUUCAACUGCGGAUAA